AUGAACAUUGUGAGAAAACUCAAUUUGAUGACACCUUGGAGUAUAUUCUGGCUUCAUAUCUUGCUGCUCUCCUUACAAGGAUAUAUUUGUGCACCGUCAACCUUGACAAAAGCAUCAAGAAAGGAGUUUAAUGAAAAUCCACAGAAAAGAGGUCUUUUAGCAGCACAGUCUGAGGCAACCUCUCCAAGAUAUUUCUUUCAUGAUGCUAUCAACUGGGGUGAAAGCAAAAUAAAAGGUUCUUGUCUUCAUGAAUGUCUUAAUGGAGCUUUCUGUUCUAAAGCCGGUACAUGCGACUGUCAAAUAUUUCAGGCUCUUGGAACAAGGUGCCAGAUUGUGCCAAACAUGGGCAAUGGCAGAGAUGGGAUUUGUAAGAGUUGGGGACAGUACCACUUUGAAACCUUUGAUGGCAUCUACUAUUAUUUCCCAGGAACUUGCUCUUACAUUUUUGCAAAGGACUGUGAUAAUUUGGAGCCUCGGUAUACUGUUUGGGUCCAUAACAGCCCUCGGUGCCCUGGCUCAGUGUAUUACUGCUACCGGUCAAUCAGCUUGUUCUUUUCAGACCAAGAGGAAAUUCGAAUUUAUGGCCAUGAAAUCAAAAGGAAUGGAAUCAGUUUAAUGUUGCCUCAGACGAUCGGGGAGGUUUCUAUCGAGAAACUAGCUGACUACAUUCUGGUGAAGACAACAUUUGGUUUUUCAUUGGCAUGGGAUGGAAUAUCUGGAAUCUACCUCAAACUGUCUGAGGAGCACAAGGGCAGACCAUGCGGCCUGUGUGGAAACUACAACGCUAUUCAGUCUGACGAUUUCAUCAUUGAAGAAGAGGACUACACAGAAGAUAUUGCUACAUUUGCAAAUAGUUGGUUGGUGCAAACCCCAGAGGACAGCAGUUGCGCACGCACUCCCUCGGACUUUCCAAAUCCGUGCUCCAGCGGAAUGCCAGCAUUUGAGGCAAUUUUCUUCAAGUGUCAGAUAUUGCUGCAGUUCCCUUUCUUGAGCUGCCAUGAAUAUAUUGAUCCAUACUUAUACAUUGCCAGCUGUGUCAAUGAUCUUUGCAAAACUGAUGAUGAUGAGACCUAUUGCCGCGCAGCCACGGAGUAUGCCCGAGCCUGUUCUCAUGCUGGGCACCCCAUUCGAGACUGGAGAGAUGACUUCCCAGCAUGUACCGAUAAAUGCGACGAUAGCUUUGUCCAUCGGGACUGUAUCAGCUGCUGUCCUCCUUCCUGCACAUUUGAGAAACAGUGUCUUGGGAGCACUCUGCAUUGCCUUGAUGGAUGUUACUGCCCAGAUGGCCUCAUCAUGGAAAAUGGGACUUGCAUCUCCUUGGAAAAUUGUCCAUGUAAUUUUCAUGGAUUAGCCUAUGCAGUUGGCUCAAAAAUUGAACAAGAGUGUACUGAAUGUGUUUGUGUUGGUGGAGUUUGGAACUGCACUGAACACGAUUGCCCAGUUCAAUGCUCUGUCGUUGGUGAUUCUCAUUUCACGACGUUUGACGGCCGACAUUAUUCUUUCAUUGGAAUGUGCCAGUACAUCCUUGUGAAAGGAACUGGAAAAGACAGAUUCACAGUUACUUUGCAGAAAGCUCCCUGUGAGCAGAACCUUAGCUUGGUCUGCCUUCAGUCUAUCACACUCAUCAUGGAAGAUGAUUUUAACAAGCAAGUGACCCUCAGUUGGGGAGGACAGGUCUUCACGAGUCCUAACCAAGGCUUCAACCUGAACGGACUGGUAGAAAUUCAAACACUGUCAUCCUUAUUCAUUCUUCUAAAGACGACUUUUGGUUUGAAGAUUCUGUUUGCAAUAGAUGGGGAAAGAAUUUAUAUCCAGCUCACCAGUGCCUGGAAAAGAAGAACCCUAGGUCUGUGUGGCACUUUUAACGGGAACAUAAGGGAUGAUUUUCUCUCUCCCUCGGGCAUGAUCGAAGGAACCCCACAACUUCAUGCAAAUGCCUGGCGGGUCUCCUCUACCUGCUUUGCUCCUGUCCAUGUUCCCAUGGUGGAUCCCUGUAACAUCAAUCAACAGAACAUUGGCUACGCGGCGCACUGUGACAUCCUCCACCAGGAGCUCUUUGCUCCCUGCCACUUCUACAUCAGCCCGGGGCUAUACUACCAGCUGUGUCGCCAUGAUGCCUGCAAGUGUGGGAGCCCCUGUCUGUGCAAUGCCCUCGCCCACUAUGCCUACCUCUGUGGCCAGCGUGGCGUGCCCAUCGAUUUCAGAUCUCAGAUUUCCUUCUGUGGGGUGGUGUGCCAGAAAGGUAUGCUGUACCACCACUGCUCCUCAUUCUGUCGCCGUUCCUGCAUCUCUCUGUCUUCCCCGGAGCAGUGUCAGGACGACUGUGCUGAAGGGUGCAACUGUCCAGAAGGCAAAUACUAUGAAGACACUCUCAGCUUCUGUGUGCCUAUAUUUCACUGCCGGUGUCAUUACAGAGGCAGCGUGUAUCAGCCUGGUGAACUCAUCCCAACACCCUCAGGCUUAUGUCAGUGCUCCAACGGGACUGUGGAAUGUGAUGCAUCAGUGACGCCCUCUACUGUUCAUGCCUGCCCUGAGGGAAAGGAGUAUUUCGACUGCAGGUUUCCAAACCCCGAAUUACCAGCUGGUGGUGUGAACUGUGAGACCACAUGUGCCAACCUGGCCAUGAACUUCACCUGUGCCCCAUCCUCACCCUGUAUCAGUGGCUGUGUUUGUGCUCCGGGAAUGGCGGAGCACAAAGGAAAAUGUUAUGUUCCUGACAGCUGCCCAUGUAUCUGGAAAGAUUGGGAGUACCUCUCAGGAGAAGUGAUUUCUACACCUUGCUAUACCUGUGUUUGUCGCCGAGGAAUGUUCAAUUGCACAUACUACCCAUGCCCAGCGGUGUGUACCAUCUAUGGAGAUCGGCAUUAUCACUCUUUUGAUGGGCUGGAGUAUGACUAUAUCAGUGAUUGCCAAGUAUUUCUGAUAAAGAGUGCUGAUGACUCAGGCAUAUCUAUCAUUGCCCAGAAUAAGAAGUGCUUUGACAACGACAUUGUGUGUUCUAAAAGUGUCUUGAUUUCCAUUGGGGACACUGAAAUUUACCUGAAUGAUGCACCUCAUAAACAGAAACUAUCAGGGUUUUUUCUGGAAGAUAAUCCUACACACCAGCUCUGGAAAGCAGGACACUACAUAGUAAUAUACUUUCCAGAAAAAGAUAUCACUAUUCUUUGGGAUAAAAAGACAACCAUUCAUAUCAAAGUUGGACCACAGUGGAAGAACAAACUCUCAGGACUAUGUGGAAAUUUUGACAAGUGCACUUCCAAUGAUAUGACCACAUCUAAUAACUUGGAAGUGAGAAAUGCCCAGGUAUUUGGAGAUAGCUGGGCAUUAGGACAGUGUGAAAGUCCGAGUGAACCAUUUAAGCCCUGUGAGGCCCACCAGAACAAGUUUCCUUAUGCCAAGAAAGAGUGUUCCAUUCUCUACAGUGAUGUCUUUGCUCCCUGUCGCAAUGUGAUUGAUGUUACUUCAUUUGCCAAAAAUUGCCACGAGGACACAUGCAACUGUAAUCUGGGCGGAGAUUGUGAGUGCCUGUGCACCAGCGUGGCCGCAUAUGCACACAAGUGCUGUCAGGAAGGGGUCGCAGUACACUGGCGGGCACCCACCGUCUGCUCACUUGAUUGUGAAUAUUAUAAUGAAGAGCUUGGAGAAGGACCCUUCAUGCUGGCGAGUUAUGGGCACAGUGGCCUUGUUCUGGGGGCCAACGUGACCAGUCGGAGUAUUUUCUCUUUACCAAGAAGUGCUGUUCAUGGCAAUUUAUUUUUUAUUUUUAUGAUUACUCCAGGCCUUUUCAAAGAUAAGGCAUCAUCACUGGCUCUGGUUUCCCUGGAAUCUGCCGAAAGACCAAACUACUUCCUCUGUGUCCGCAACGAUAACACUCUCAGCUUGGAACAAUGGCAGGCCAAUUCUGUCUUUCACCAGCGGGCCACAUUUUUCCACCACCAGGGCCUCUGGAUUCCUGGUUACAGUGCAUUUGAGUUAUACAACAAGAAAGGCUUUUUCAUCGUUUUCACGGAUUCGAGUGUGAAAGCAUCCAAAUAUGAUGAUUCUGAAGAAUUUAAACAUUCCAGUAGCUUCAGCAUAGAAGAAAUCCAGGCGGUAGUGCCUUAUAGAAGGAUGUGUGAAUGGAGAUACGAACCUUGCGCCACCCCCUGCUUUAGAACGUGUAGUGACCCAGAAGCAGUAGCCUGCAGAUUUCUUCCACCGGUUGAAGGAUGCUUGCCCUACUGCCCUAAGAAUAUGAUCCUUGAUGAGGUCACCCUCAAAUGUGUUUACCCUGGAGACUGUAUUCCUCUGACUCCCACAGAGCCUGCAUUCACAUCACCAGGUAAGCCUCACUCCACAUCAGCCUUCACGGUGUCUGACAUGCUAAUAACACCUACAACGGGCUUGGACUGUGAGCCUCAACAGUUUGAUCCUGUUUAUAACUGCAGUCAAUACAUCUGCCUUGACAUGGAGUGGAAGUUGUACAACUGGUCUCUGAAUUGCCCAAAUGACUUGGAGAUGCCAGACUGUGGUUUCCGGGGACGGCCUGUGCAAGUGAACAGUGACAUCUGCUGCCCAGAGUGGGAGUGUCCUUGUCGGUGUUCCAUGCUGUCAGAGCUAAGCAUCAUCACAUUUGAUGGGAACAACGCAGCCUUGUCUAGUAUGGCUUCCUACGUCUUAGUAAGAAUUCCCCAGGAAGUUAUAGUUGCUCAUAUUGAAAAAUGCUCCACGAACCAGAAUGGAAGCUCAUUUAAAAAGGUAGUUUCCCCUGGAAGAACCUCUGGACUUUGUUUUAAGAAGCUAAAUCUGACAACAUCCUUGCAUAAAGUGCUUGUGAAUCGAAUAGAAAGGAAGGUAGCAGUGAAUUCUAUUGUUGUACCUUUACCCUUUUCAAAUCAAGAGCUAUCGGUAGAGGAUUCUGGUAUGAUGUAUGUCAUUACCACGCCAGCAGGCCUGAUCAUCAAGUGGGCUCAUCUUACUGGGAUUCUAGACAUUCAUUUUGGAUUUCGAUUUAACUUGUCCUCUUCCACAGAAGGUCUUUGUGGAAUCUGCAAUGAAGAUCCAAAUGAUGACUUGAGAAUGCAAAACGGCACAGUGAUUACAAACAUGGAAGACAUUGGAUUAUUCAUUGAGAGCUGGGAAAUAGAAAAGUCCUUUGAAGUAACAACAAGAAGACCCUUUAGGAAUUGCACUGUGCAUGACUGCAGUCACUGUUUUGAGUUACUGAAUACAGAAGUGUUUGCUCCAUGCCAUGAUAAAGUUUCACCACAAGAUUUUUGUGAAAAGAUGUGGAUCAAUUACACUUAUUUCUGGAAUUAUGAAUGUGACGCCCUUUCUGCGUACGUGGCCCUGUGCAACAAAUUUGAUACCUGCAUCCAGUGGAGGACCCCUGAUUACUGCUCUCUGAGCUGUCCAGAGGGGAAAGAGUAUCAACCCUGUGUGCGACCUUGUGAAGCAAGAACCUGCCUGAACAAAUGGUUCUAUGGACAUUUUCCAUGUUCAAACAUAAGAGAAGACUGUGUGUGCAAAAAUGGAACCAUUCUCCACAGGCCAGACUCCACUCAGUGUGUCCCCGAGAAAGAAUGUGCCUGUACUGACAGCGAGGGCCAGCCCCGUACGGCUGGGGAGAUCUGGAACGGAGGCGUUAAUGAAUGUGCACUAUACAAGUGUUUGGAAAAUGGAAGCAUCAUUCCUGUAGAGCCUGAAUGUGAGGAAGAGCCCUCCCCGAUUUGUGAACGGGAAGCUGAAGUUGUUCUGGACGUCACUGAUAAGUGGACCUGCUGUUCAAAGGAAGUUUGUGGAUGUGACAUGAGCUUAUGUGAAACAACCAUUCCAACAUGUGCAGAUAGUCAAAAGUUGUUUGUUGGACACAGUCCUCUUUCGUGCUGUCCACAGUACCAGUGUGAAUGUGACCCAUUCAAAUGCACUCAGAUUUCAAUACCAGAGUGUCGAGAAGAUCAAUUCAUGAUUCAGACUCAACAGGGAGAACCGUGCUGCUUUUCACCUCUCUGUCUUUGUGAAUCUUGCACUGAACCUAGUCCAGUCUGUACCGAUGGAGAAUUUCUCACUGUGGAUCUUCAUACUACACACUUGUGUUGCCCUCAGUACUACUGUGUUUGUGAGCCAAAUCUUUGCCCUAAGCCACUCAACUGUGCAGAAGAUAUGAACCUGGUGAAAGAAAAUGUGUCUGGUCAGUGUUGUCCAACGUGGCACUGUGAAUGUAGCUGUGAAAACCUUGUUAUGCCAACUUGUAAAUUGGGGGAAUUUGCUACAGUAGACCAUAAUUUUCAGAGUGACUGUGGAUGUGUCAAGUAUCUCUGUGAAAAGGAUGAUGUAUGUGUUUUUCAAGACCUGUCAGUACUGAACCCUGGCCAGUCGAUGAUGAAGUAUUUGGAAGGAGACUUCUGUCAUACAAUAGAGUGUCUGGAAGAAAAAGAAAACCAUACAAACUUUCACACUCUGAAUUUUACAAUGACGAAUUGUUCAAAAGAGUGUGAUAUUCACCAGGUCUACUCUCCAUCUGCAAGUGAUUAUAACUGCUGUGGGACCUGCAGGAACACAGCCUGCAAAUUCCUGGUGGACAAUGGAACGCCAGUUAUACAUGAGGAGGGAAGUACUUGGCACUAUAAUUGUACCACAUAUGAAUGUGUUAAGACUGACGAAGGGGCAGUGAUUUUCAACUAUAGUAUGGUCUGUCCCCCUUUUAAUGAGACUGAAUGCAAAAUGAAUGAAGGAAUUGUAAAACUUUAUAAUGAAGGUUGUUGCAAAAUAUGCAAACAAGAAGAAAGAAUAUGCCAGAAAGUGGUCAUUAAGUCAAUAAUAAGGAAACAAGACUGUCUAAGUCAAAGCUCUGUUAGUGUUGCGUCUUGUGAUGGAAAGUGUCCUUCAGCUACCAUAUAUAACAUCAACAUCGAGAGCCAUCUAAGAUUCUGCAAGUGUUGUCGUGAAAAUGGAGUGCGCAACUUGACCGUUCGGCUGUAUUGCUCAGGAAAUGGUACUGAAGUCAUGCACACUCUCCAGGAGCCCGUAGACUGCACAUGCCAGUGGAAUUGAGUUUUGAAAGCCAAGAACUCUAUGAAACAUCGUGAUGUCAGAUGGAGUCUGUUUUUAAUCACUAUUAUUUAGAUACUGGGCAGAUAGACAGUGCUUAACAAUAACGUGCUUCCAGAUGAUUAGGAUAUGGGUGUGCGACUGGGCACAAAACAUAAACUAUUUUCAUGGGGGAAUAAAAAUCAUGUGCUAGCUCUCUUUUUAGAAAACCAGCAGAUCUUAAGUGUUUGUGUAUAUAAUCGCAGCAUGCCAGAGACCUGGGGCAUUCUCACCAAUUAGAAUGUUCUAUUUCAGGAUUCUUUUCGUUUCAUUCAUUUGCAAAGACUGUCAUAGUCAAAUUCAGACACUUUCGUAUCUGUUGUUAACGUAGAAAUUUACAAUUGGCAUCUGGAUCAUCAUAAAGACUGGUGUGGUUAGAGAAACACUACACAGCUAUAGAACUGACAGUUGUCCAGAGCCUGAAUGGGUAGUAGGAAUGUACAAUAGCAAAUUCUCUUCGCUUUCUAGGUGUUAUCAGAUAAUAGGACUUAACGCAAUAUGAUUUGAUGACUCAACUUUAAGCCAUGUGUGUAUAUAUAUAUGCCCUUACUAUGUUCUUUUCUCUUGUUCUGUUUAGUAAGUUUUUUUAAUCACAGGAUAGUUUAUA